GACGACAGAGCUGCUAAAUUCGCAGAAUGUCUACUGCAGUUACAGUUUGACAACAGAGAAGAGAGAUCGAGAGUAGCGGUUGCUGAAAUACUCUAGAGAAUGAUGUUCAUUAUUGUACUGUCGCUUAUGGUUGGAUCUCGUGGAGCCUACGCAGGAGAUGGUCACUGUCGGCAUACCCAGACCUUCCCACUGGUGCCAGAUGGUCAUGUGGUGCGAUUCAACAGCCGGGAGUGUGAUACCGACUUUGACCACCUCCAGAGUCACGUUUUCUGUGAAGACAGCGGGUGGGGAGACGAGGAGGCAACAGUUGUUUGUAGAGACCAGUUGCAUUCACACUACGGCAUUGGAGGCUAUGUACACAUUGACCCAAUGGAGGUUGGCCUCCAGUACGUGAAUUGCUCAGGGAGUGAGGGGGCACUGGAGGAGUGUGCAGUAGCAGCAACCACAACAAAGACUCAGUGCUCUCAAGCUGGCAUCAUCAGGCAGUGCCUCAAUGUUUCACAGAUAUAUGUGUCGCAAACAGAGGACUAUGAACCGUUUGAUUAUGUGGAGGUAUCAGAGGGAGAAACUGUUCAGUUUUGUUUGAUUGUGUGGGGACCCAUCUCAGAGAUGUUACGUGUACUGGUUGAGACUACUAACCAUGGGUAUGCAGUAGCUAACUUUGACUAUCGUCCGCUGCGACAAACCGUUACAUUUGAGCCGACUGAGUCCUUGAGAUCACAGCAGUGUCUGAAGAUAGAGCUUAUUGAUGACUCUCUGGCUGAGUUCUGGGAGAUUUUCUCUGUUACAAUCUCCACUAACAGCUCUACUGUUAACCUCACUCGACGAGAAUUCAACGUCUAUGUUCGCCCAGAUGAUGGUCAGUGUUGA